GUAAGUGGAAACAUUGAUUCGCCACUGUCACUGUCCGUGAACUGUGUGCGUCUGUAGAAAUCGGGACGGCGUCCAAAUAUAUUGUAAUUCUCUUUGGACGACGUUUUGUAGUUUCAGCGACUAGAUAGGUUUAUCUAAACAAAAUGUCUACAGAUUUUUAUAUUCGCUACUAUGUUGGACAUAAAGGCAAGUUUGGGCAUGAAUUUCUUGAAUUUGAGUUUCGGCCCGACGGUAAGCUUCGAUACGCAAACAAUUCUAACUAUAAAAACGACACGAUGAUUCGUAAGGAAGCAUACGUCCACCCUUGUGUAAUGGAAGAAUUGAAAAGAAUUAUAAUAGAUUCUGAAAUCAUGCAUGAAGACGACCGCUUGUGGCCACAACCCGACAGGGUUGGCAGACAGGAAUUGGAAAUAGUUAUUGGGGAAGAACACAUUUCAUUUACAACAUCUAAAACUGGGUCAUUAGUAGAUGUAAACCAGUCCCGUGAUCCAGAGGGUCUGCGUGGCUUCUAUUAUUUAGUUCAGGAUCUCAAGUGCUUGGUGUUCUCCUUGAUUGGUCUUCAUUUUAAAAUUAAACCCAUAUAAAUAAGCUAUGUUUUUGACGUAAUUUUAUAUAAUUAAACUUGUUUUUAAAAUAUA